AUGGUUGUACUGUGGCGAUUCGAAGAUCCGCCGGCGAUAGUAACUUCAUUCAUAACAACGGUAACUUUUUUUCUGUGAUUUCCAGGAUGCGAAAGAUCGUAGCUUUUUGUAUAUUCUUAUUGAAAAGGCAAGAUUUUUUUGUUGGAUAAAAAUUGUUUUAGAAAAGAAUCUACCGUCCCUAGGAAGUAAUUUAACUCCUUCAUGACGAGUUAAUUAUUUACAAAGUCGUUUUUUGUUCAGAGUGGCUGAAAAAAAUGCUAAAAAAAUAAUUAAAAAGUUCAGAUAAUUUAUGCAAGCUACUUGGCCUUACUUGGUCAAUUUGCGAUUGUCGGUCCGCCAGACCUGAGCCCAUAUUCGCCGGAAGCCCAAGCCUACCUGGACACGUUGCAUGGAGACCAGCCUCUUGACGAAUACACAUUCAUGCAUCUAUUGUUCCGUCGUCAGGGGCAACAAACUAUACGGUAAACGUGAAUUGUGAGGAUUUGCGACAGGAUUAAGACGUCCGGAACCGUUAAUGCUCGUAAAGCCGCUUUUGGCUUUGUCCGCGCCCUGGAUGUUUUACUAAAUAGAGUUCAGUCAUACGCAUUUCCGCUUCUCACAAAAAAGCAAAAUUAAAUGAGCAGUUAGCUAAAAUCUUCGAAGGCUUGAGAAUAGCCUUGUUCCAUUUUGUACGAAAAACGAAAAAAGCAAAAAGUGGAAUCAAACUAGAAAUCAAAAUAAAUGCCAAUUUUUUUAUUUCACGUCAUUUCACACGAAUUUUGAAAUGUCAAUCUGAAAGCCCGACGAGCAAACUACCAGUUUUCAGAAGAACAAGAGCUAAACUCUGCAAUUAGUCUAUCUUACCGGACUUUGAUUUUUUUUUUCUUCGACUUUGAGAGGUCCUUAUUUGGAAGUUUUGAAAUUCUACGGAUUGAGUUUGUAUUUUUUUACAUUGAGAAUUUUUUAAGCUAAUUUGAUAGAUUGCAACUAUGAAUUACUACUUUUGGGGAAGCUGUAACUUCUGUAAUUUUUAUAUUCACAAGACCUCUGAAAAAUUCCAGUGUCUCUCUUUCACGUCAAAAUUAUCAGCACAAUGGCUAUAGUUCGAGUCAACUUCUUCUGUAAUCUUUCUGCUCAAAACGUCACAAAUUUGAUUAGAAAGCGCUGAUGUGCAAUCAAAGGGCAUUCGACCGAGUAGUGUGAUCAUUCGCUGUAGUGGCCGCGGAACGAAGAGCGCAAGAGAUAAUUUCUGGUCACUAAACUGACAAAAGUUUGCGCGGCAAACAUGACCAAACGAUGUUGCAGACAAACGUUGUGCGACAAAGACGGCAACUGUUAUGAAGUCGCCGACACGGUUCGUCGCGACGGGAACAAGUUGAACAUUUCCCCUUCUAUGGACGCGUGGCGUGCGCGUUCGCGGUUUAGGACACGAGUUCAAUUCAACCACCAGAAACUUAUUGGAAAGCUCGUUUUUCGAUAUUUGCAAUCCUUUUCGAAAUCAUUUUUGUUUUUUUCCCCAUUCUGCAUUCAAAAAUAGUGGGAAAGAUACCAAAAUACCGGUGACCGGGCUUUUCAAAUGUGGACGUUUGAAUUGAAGUCGUGCCAAGAACCGCGUACGCGCACGCUGUCUUUCAAGUCGGGAAGAAUUGACCUUAAAAAAAGCGGGAAAGAAAAUUUACAAGUUUGAACAAAAAAAUGAAGAUAUCUUGGAAUUACUCUCACACAAAAGAGAAGGCGUUUCCGGCCAAUAUCAAAGGGUUUGGAAGGUUUCAGUGCUAUAAAUUUCCCAGAUUUAUAUUUCAUUCGGGUCGCUCCAAGGCCUGUAUUAAGUUUGCCUGAAGGCCGUUUCAAGACAUUUUUGAGCUUCAGUGAAAGACUCGCUUUCCCCGUGGCCGUUUUUUUUCCUACUAAGUUGAUCAUUUCAUCUUCAGAAAUAGAUUUAGAAUUGAAAGCGCAAAAAUCGAGGUUGACAUCAUUCUACACUAGAAAAAAAAACCUUUUUAUUGAGUUUGUUUUUUCUUUUUUUCCUCAUCUUUGUUUAUUUGUUUUUUUUAACUAUUUUCCUUUCAUAGUAUUGUUCCUGAGCGACGGAUCCAGAAAAAAGAACCUGCCAAUGAUACAAGAAUUUCCGACCACGUGCUUCUAAAAAUACCAUUAGGUUAGAUAAUUUUUGAACAGUUUUUGGUCAUUUUUCAUCGCCGUUCCUAUCUUAUGUGAUCAGAAAACUGAUUUGGAUAAGUUGUUUUCAGCCAUGUCCCCAUCCAAAGCCAGAACCGACGAUUGGAUAGCGGAACCAGAAAUCUUGCCAGACGAGAGUUUUGCGUUAGAUGCAUUAUGUGAGAUUUCACUCCCAUUUUUCGAUCCAGAAAAUGAACUUUUUGCAGCUGAACUUUUUGCGUCAGGAGCCGUGUCUUUAAGCAAAUUCUCCAAGUUGCGAAUUCUGGUUAUUGGUGGGAUAAGUCUGCUUGAGAGAUUUCUCGGCGUUUAUUUUCCAAACGUAUGUUGAUUUCCUGAAUUAAAUGAGGUGGCUAAGCAUUUAGGUGAUAGUGACGAAAGUUAUCGCUGCUGAAGCUGUUGAAAAGCUAUCUGCAAAAUGGAUUUGGAAAGAUUUCAAAAAGAAUGGUUCCGAAAUAAUAGAUUCUUUGGACAAAUGCGGUCAGUGAACUUGAAUUUUUACUUGACCAGGAUGAAAAUAUUGUAAAGUUCUUUCAAUGAACUAUGUACUUUUUCAGGCACAAAAUACGAGCUCAUUGUAGUGGACAGUUUUACAAACUAUGAAAAAGUAGAAACCCUCCACAAAUUGCGCGACUCUUUGAAACAGGAAGGUUGACUAUUCAUUCCUUUUUUCCAGAAUAUUUUUUUGUAGGCACCUUUGUGGUGAACUUUUACGCUUCGAAAGAACAACAGUUUUUCGAGGUGAUUCUGUCCAAACUUUGUGAAAAGCUAUAAAAAUAAAUUCAAGAAGCUUUACGUUCUACAAGGAGUUUUCGAGCAUUGUUUUUUAUAUGACGUGAGAGGAAGAAAUAAUAAAGUGAGUCACUCUGAUUGAAUUGUUUGAAUAAACUGGAACAUACUUUUCCAAAUAAACUUCACUAUUUUUCAGAUGGUCGUCUGUCGAAACGAACCUUUUCCAGAAAACUACGCAAACUCUCAUCUCAAGGCACGAAACUAUCUUUUGGCGCUUUCCCAAACGAAAAGAGUCCCAAAAUUCAAUUUUCAAAUGAUUCACGGCUGA